AUGGCUCUGUUAUAUGAGACUGUGCCAACUUUCGAAGAUACUUGGAUUGAGUGCCUCGGCGACUUGGGCCGCUAUCGCAUGGCUAUUGAGGAUGAUGAUCUCAAGGAUAGAGAGGUCUGGACUUCAGUCUCUCGCCAUUGGUACUCAAAGGCUAGUGAUAAAGCCCCUCAAACGGGUCGCCUUUAUCAUCACCUCGCAAUUUUGGCUCGUCCCAAUGCUCUGCAGCAGCUUUUCUAUUACACCAAGUCUCUCUGCGUGCCAGUUCCUUUCCUGUCUGCUCGCGAGUCCAUUAUGACUCUGUUCGACCCGCAUCUCAAUGGCACACAGACGAAGCUGCAGGAGAUUGACGCAGCCUUUGUGCGCGCUCACGCAAUCCUCUUUUCGGGCAAGAACACAGAUCAACUUUCAUCGUCUAUCAACGAGUUUAUCGACAGCUUGGACAACCACAUCGCACGUCACACUCGUCGCUGGCUGGAUAGCGCGUAUUACAUUUCCAUCGCGCUAGGGUGCUCACUUCUCGAAUAUGGUAGCGAGAGCAAUCCCAUUAUGAGAGCCAUCAAAUCUGGCCGUGCCGACGACGCAGACAUUCCAAUGGAUGAGGCUGAGACUGUCGCCGCUCCAACACAGAAGUUCCUGGACGCCUUGGAUUUUGCAGCUCGCACUCAUAACGUUGUGCUGAGACGGUUCGGCGACGAGAACAUCCGACCCUACCUGCACGUCACUCUCUCACUCCUCCUCCACUUCUCCCAGUUCCCUGCAGCCAUGGGUCUGGUGGAAGAGAAGAUGCCUUGGAAGAUUAUGGCUUUGCUCCUCAACACUAUCAUGCCCACAGACAUGCCUACUGAAAUCAUCAAGAUCAUGGAGUCGGAAGACUUCCCCCGACCAGACAAGGGUGAACCUCGUCCUCUGCCGGACGACUUCGCGCAGCGGGGCCUCCUUUGGGUUGAUAAGUACUAUCCUAAUGAUUGGUUCACAGCCACAAAGGUGGAUGACGAUGAAAAGUAUUUCGAGGUUGCGUCAAUGAUGGAAGAGCGCUCGCAGCGCUGUCUUUGGCUAGGUUGCCGACUAGCAACAUCGGGCAAGUGGUUGACUUACGACGAGCAAACGAAGCAAUUCGGCGUUGCGCCGCAAUUUGAUGUAGAAAUCCCUGAUCUGAGCACCGAUGUCACACCUACGAGAGUAUUCGACGGUGCCGAUGUGAUCAUUCCAGAUGCCCCUGACGCAAGUCAAUGA